AUGAGAUUAAGCUUUUGCAGCAGAAAACAAAAGUUAAGUGGCUCAAAUAAGGAGAUAGGAACACAACUUCUUUUCAUGGGAUUCUUAAAUCAAGAAGACAUAGAAAUAGAGUUGAAAGUAUUUGUGAUGAAGAAGGGACAAGAUAUGAAGGGAAGGAAGUGGCUGAGCAGAAACAAGGUGUGUUUAGCUGUGAAGGAGUUCUUUGAGACUGGUAAAUUGUUAGGAGAGGUUAAUGCCACUCUUAUUGCAUUAAUUCCUAAGAAAUUUGGAUUUCAUGAUAUGAUGGUCAAAUGGAUUAUGGCUUGUGUAUCCUCUUCCAAGUUCUCUAUUUGCUUGAAUGGGGAAAUACAUGGUUAUUUUAAAGGAGGGAGAGGGUUGAGACAAGGUAAUCCUAUUUCACCCUACCUGUUCACUUUGGUAAUGGAAGUAUUUAGCCUGAUCAUGAAAAAGAAUAUUGAGCAGUCUGAGGAAUUUAGAUAUCACUAUGGGUGUAAGGAGUUGAAGUUAUCUCACAUGUGUUUUGCAGAUGAUCUCCUUGUGAUAUGUAAAGGAAAUUGUGGAUCUCUCAAAGUUGUGAAGAAAUCCUUGGAUGAAUUCAGUGAGAUUUCAAGUUUUAGACCUAAUAUGGGUAAAAGUACUAUAUUUUUUGGCUGCUUAAAUGACAGAGAAAAAGGUGAAUUGUUGGAUAUAUUACCAUUCAAAUGUGGAAGGCUUCCUGUAAGGUAUUUGGGGGUGCCUCUUUUAGAUAAAAAAAAAUUGGGUGUUAAAGAUUGCAAAGUGUUGAUAGACAAGGUGAUUCUACAAAAAGGUAAGGCUAGAGUUGCUUGGAAAGACAUUUGCAAACCAAAGGAGCAGGGUGGAUCGGGAAUCAAAGAUAUUAAGAAAUGGAAUGAAGUUUUGUUGAUAAGACAAUUCUGGAAAAUAAUGGAAAAUAAAGGUUCAUUAUGGGCCAGAUGGGUUAAUGUGGUAAAGCUCAAAAACAAAAGUAUUUGGUGUUAUAAUGUGGAUAAAACAGGAGGAUAUAAAGCUAUGAUGGGGAUUAAAUAUCUGAUUAAAAAACACAUUUUUGUAGAAAUUGGUGAUGGACAGAGAACAUCAAUGUGGCAUGACAGGUGGUGUGGGGAAGGACCUCUUCAUGAUUUUAUCAGCAGAAGAUCUAUUUAUGAUGCUAGAAUGGAUGAUGAUAUAACAGUAGAUAAAAUGGUCAUUAAUAGGGAAUGGAAAUGGCCAGAUUGA